CGGUGAACCGGAAAUUCAACUGAGUACGACUCCAAUCACCGCCCUCAUUCCUCUGCGGAUGCGUGUGUCGUCCGACUCAUAUCGCCUCACACGUGUCGCCAUCCUAUAUGCGCACUCUCCCUUCUUUGUAUCCAUCUCUCUCUCUCUCUCUCUCUCUCUCGGAGUCUCUGUGCGAGGGUUCCGUUGGUGAAUAAGAGAGAAACUAGCACAGAGAGAAGAGAGGGAUCCGUCCUUCCAGUUGAAGUAUCAGAGCUAAUGGAGCAACCCGAAGACGACCAACUCGAGCGCUUCGACUCGGAGAGCUCCGGCGUGCUGUCGAUACUGACCAUCAGCGAAGAUCCUAUAAGCACCAGCAGCUCCGGCGACCUGUACUCCUCGAGCGGCCGGGGAAGCAGCAGCAGCGGCGGGAGCUCCGGCGAGAUCCCGGCGAUCCUGUGCACGGAGGCGGCGGCGGCGCCGAGGCUGCUCCCGGCGGAGCCAGCUCAGUCGAGGGAGGAGCUGGCGGAGGCGACGGAGACGGGCGCCGCGCCGGCGGCGGCGAGCAGGCACAAGUGCGUGGGGAGGAGCAACAAGGGAGUGGCGUGGGGGUUCACCUCGAUCAUCGGGCGGCGGAAGGAGAUGGAGGACGCCGUCGCCGUGGUGCCGGGGUUCAUGUCCCGCGCGUGCGACCACGUGGGAGGCUGUUCGGCUCCUGGUUCGAGGACCUCCGGCGAGACCUCGCCCGUCCAUUUCUUCGGCGUGUACGACGGCCACGGCGGCUCUCAGGUGGCCAAAUUCUGUGCUGCGCAAAUGCAUGAAGUUAUAGCCGAAGAAUGGAACAGGGAAGCAAUGGAUGGGUUCGAGUGGCAGAGAAGGUGGGAAGCAGCAUUUGCUACUGGUUUUGAGAGGGUUGACAGUGAAGUCGUGACUGCAGCGGCUGCACCUGAAAUGUUAGGAUCAACUGCGGUUGUGGUGAUUCUAUCCGGCUGUCAGAUAAUCACUUCCAAUUGUGGUGACUCAAGAGCAAUUCUUUGCCGUGGGACUCAAACAGUCCCCUUGACAGUUGAUCAAAAGCCGGAUAGACAUGAUGAACUGAUGAGGAUUGAAGGAAUGGGAGGGAAAGUCAUAAACUGGAAUGGUGCUAGGGUGUUUGGAGUACUUGCUAUGUCCAGAGCUAUAGGUGACCGAUAUCUGAGGCCAUGGAUUAUUCCAGUGCCUGAAAUCACUUUUACGACAAGAAGAGAUGAUGAUGAAUGUUUGAUUUUGGCGAGCGAUGGGCUCUGGGAUGUCAUGACUAACGAUGAGGUCGGAGAAGUGGCUCGGCGCCUACUAAGGAGGUGCCGCCGCCUCAUGAUGGUCGAUGAAAUCCCUCCAGCGCAAGCUGUGGCUGAUUGUCUUACUGAGAUAGCCUAUGGGAGGAACAGUUCUGAUAAUAUAUCAAUCAUUGUUGUUGAUUUGAAAGCGAAGAGAAAGCGCCAGCAAAGGCCACAAGAGGGUUGAAUAUACGAUCUUUCUCCCUCGUUACUUACAUCCCAUUACUUUCCAGCUCUAAUAUCCAGAGACAAGGGGACCAGGAAUGAUCUAGUGAUAUUUUGCAUUUUCGCAGUGACUAAAGGAACGACCUUAGCUUGCAUAGCUAUCGUCCCAACCUGUACAGAGCUGACUGGCAAAAAAUUAUCGCUUCCUGGAACCAGAAUUGGUUGUUCCCAUGUAACACUAGGUCAGCCCACAAUUUUAGUUGGUUUGGUCAUAAGGAAAAAGAUGAGGAAGCAAGCAUUGUUCUAUAGAAAGCAAGCAAUGUUCUUUGUAACUUCUUCAAAAAUUAUUCUACAAAUGAAAGCCAAAUUGUCCGUU